AAUGAGAAAAAUAUAAAAGAAAAAUUAGCAUCGACGGAAUAAUUUUGCCUUUUUAAUUUAAUCAAAAUAGAAUAUGAAUAAAUAAAUUUUUUAUUAAUCUGAAUUUAACUCGAACUGAACCAGAAUCGCCAGGCUCGGCCAUGGGUAGCCUACUCCUUUACAAUUUAAAAAAAAGAAUUCGUCCCUUCUCUUCUCUUCUCUUCUCUUCUCUUCUCCUUUUGCUUUCCAUAGGGUUUACUUACACUUUCUCUAACCAUCGAAUUCUGAUUAAAAUCAAAUCAUUUUUAAUUGAUUUUUCUUAAUAUUCUAAUUUCUCAUUUCCCUUUAAUUUUUAAUCAUCCACAAAGUUCUCCUGGAGGAAACUCUUUCUUUAUAUAUAUAUAUAUAUAUAUAUAAGAGUAUUAUGAUGAAUCGACCGGAUCCGUCGCUGGAGUUACUAGCGGCGAGCGGCGGCGACACCGUGAAAAUCUUCGACAUUAAGCUCGAACCGAACGAUCCUUGCGUUUUAAGUUACUCACCUUCUCCGAGUUGCUUUGUCAAUUCGGUUAGGUGGAACCACACUAACUUAGUGGUAGCGAGUGCCGGAGAAGAUAAGAAGAUAUCUUUGUGGCGGAAAAAUGGGCAGAGGAUGUGGACAGUUCCGGUUGCUGGGACUGAUUGUGGAGAUAACAUUGAGGAGUCUAUUUUAGCUAUUAGCUUUAUCAACAAGGGGUCCAGAUACAUAUGUUCAGGGGGAAGUGGUCAAGUUGUACGGAUAUGGGAUUUGCAAAGGAAGCGUUGCAUCAAAUGGUUAAGGGGUCAUACUAGCACAAUUACAGGUGUUAUGUACAAUUGCAAAGAUGAGCACUUGGCCUCCAUCAGCCAAAGUGGGGAUCUCAUUCUUCAUAACCUUGCUUCUGGGGCAAGGGCUGCUGAACUAAAAGAUCCUAAUGAACAGGUACUGAGUGUACUUGAUUAUUCUCGGAUCAGCCGACACAUUUUGGUGACUGCUGGUGACGAUGGAUCUAUCCAUUUAUGGGAUACCACCGGUCGUAGCCCAAAGGUUUCCUGGUUGAAGCAGCACUCUGCACCCACAACUGGCAUUAGCUUCUCACCAUCCAAUGAUAAGGUAAUUGCUAGUGUUGGGUUGGAUAAGAAGCUAUACACCUAUGAUACUGGGUCUAGAAGACCCUCUACUUUCAUUUCUCAUGAGGCACCUUUCACUUCAUUGGCAUUUAGAGAUGAUGGUUGGACACUGGCAGCUGGCACCAAUAAUGGUAGAGUAGCGUUCUAUGAUCUUCGGGGAAAACUACAGCCUUUUACUUUCCUUGGUGCUUAUAGCAGUUCUGAGGCUGUUUCAAGUUUAUGCUGGCAAAGAUCAAAACCAGUAAUUGUUAAUGAGACUACUUGUGCUGCUGAGACUGCUCUCUUGGGGGGUCCAGUGGAGGAUUCAGUUCUUAUGCCUGACCCACUUCCAUCUGUGACAUCAUUGAGCCUUUCAGUAUCCACAGCAAUUUCUGGUGGCCGAUCAGGCCCUGCAGAAGUAUCUUUUCUUACAAGUAGGAGUGAAUCAGUGUCAAGCACAGGCAAUCUGUCUUCUUCUAUGGAAACACCACAUAGAAGCCAUCUGUGGCCUGGUGGAACACUGACGAGAUUACAUGCUCCUCACUCUAAGUACAGUCUCAAGGAUGAUAUGGAUGUGUUUUCCCCUGUUGUGGAUGUUCAACCGAUUACACCCUCACUCGAUAAGUUGUGGGAUAUUCAUGAGGGUGCAAAAAAAGAGCAUCUACUCGCUGAUAAGAGGCCCUCCUCCCUUCUGUUUCCCUCUAGCAGGAGGUUUGCUUUUGCUGAUGAUGGAGCUGGUGAUCACCCAAUAUUUGAUUGGAAGUCCAGUUCAAUAUCUCAACAGGAUGACACAAGAUCUUUGACGUCAUUACGAUCUAUGCCUACACCAUCAUCCAAGAGUGAAGAGGCCUCCAUCACUCCUCCUGAAGCGUGGGGUGGUGAUAAGAUAUCUGAUAAAUUUGCUCACCUCCGUCAUCUGCCAUCUCGAUUUGGGAUGGAGGCUUCUGGUGGUAUGACAACAAGCUAUACUUAUUCUGGACAAACUCAAUCUUCAAUGCUCAGUCAGACAAGUAUUAGCUCAUUAACAAGUAAUGACAUAAGCUAUGAAAACUUGCGCACAAAAGAUGUCUCUUCAAGUCAGGAGACGUCACUAGGAUUUCCUGAACAUUUAUCCAGCUCCUUGUCUGCUUUGUCUCUUGGUUCAAAAGGCAUUACUGGAGCAGGCAGCCUCGACUCACCAAAACUAGCAUCUUUAGGGCUGCCUCGAAGGUUUUCAACAUAUGCUGAGAGAAUUAGUACUACAUCUGCCUUCAGUGACGGAACUUCCCAAUUGGUGGUUUCCCCCAAAACAAAGAAAACAGGAGCUGAAACCAGAGAAGAGCUGUUGAAUAGCUUGUUAUUGAGGUCUGAUUCAUUUACUGGAGAAGAAUCAGGAAUUCUUCCAGCUAUGAAUGGAGGAACACAGCUCCACAAGGCUCCUCAACCUGAUCCCCAGCAAGGAAGUAACUUCACUCUUCAGCUAUUUCAACGUACUCUUGAAGAAACCCUUGAUUCAUUUCAGAAAUCCAUUCAUGGAGAUAUGAGGAACCUUCAUAUUGAAAUCUUAAGACAAUUCCACAUGCAGGAGAUGGAGAUGUCUUGUGUGAUGCGCUCCAUUUUACAGAACCAAGCUGAACUGAUGGAAGAGGUUAAGUCUCUCCGGAAAGAAAACCAGCAGCUUCGUCAGUUGCUUUGACCACUGAUUAAACUGCAUUAUUAUGUCCGGUUAGGAAAUGCCUCUUCUUAUCACCUCACUGUUUUUGUUUUUAUCAUGAUUACUGUUUCAUAAAUAUAGGCUAUUGUCUGAUUUUGAAGUAAAAUUGCUUCUCCGCAAUUGUUGGUGCAAAAAUGGGUAAAAAAAAAAGGUGCUUAUGGAGAACAGUACAGGGGCUUAAGAGAUUUUCCAUGAAACAAUGUACAGAAAUGCUUCUCAAUUGAUUGAAAAAUGAAGCUUUUUACAGGGUUUUAUCUUUGUAGAUCUGAAUUCCCUGACUUACUACAUCUUGAUAUGUUUAGGCUUAUCAAAUCCUCAUCUUGCAAGAGAAAAAUGUAUUUUCAAAGAAAUACAAAGUAUAUAGUUUUUAAUUUAUUCAACAGUGGGAACUUGUUUUCAUCAAACAAAUAAUUAAAUAUUUUAAUUUACUUUGAAA